CUCAAACUUUAACACCACCCCAUCAACCCAAGUCUACAAAGCUUCAUCUCACCCACCUUCCUAGCCGUUGACAUCCCGAAGGCAACACACCCAACCAUGGACACGAUGUCUUCGCAUCGCUUCUGCGAGGCGGCUGAAGAAGAACAAGUGCCAAUCAAAACUUGCCCCGUGGAGACCAAGAAGCCGCAAAAGGUUACUAUGCUGCGCCCAUAUACCGGGCCGAUCCUCAACGACUUGCUUCUCAAACACGGCAUGAUAGGACCAAUUCCGCCGGUAGACGAGAGCGACCUGCUUGACAACGAAAUCGACCCGGUGUUUCAGCGAAGCAACUGGGUGCUUGGUGUUGAUGAAGAAAAUAUAAGCAACGACGUGGAUGGGCCUCUCUUCAAGCACGACAAGGCUAGUGAAGUGGAGAUGGAUAAGCUUUGGGAGAUGAUGAUACCCGCAUUCCGUCUCGCAACAAUGCUGAUCCGGAAUGAGAAACUACAGGACUUCAGGGUCAAGCGUGUGGCGGCCUAUAAGGAUAUGAUCCCAAAGGAGUACGCAGACCUCUCCUUGGAGGAGGUAGCGCGUGAAUACCUUAAUCUCCUUGCCAGCAGACUUACGUUCAUGUUCUGGGCAGGCGAUAUGCAUGCUGCCGGAGCCACUUUCUGGAACAAAACCAUGUAA